AGAAAUUUAUCGUUUCGAAGUAACAACAAAUCAACAUUACUAAUUGGCUAAAAACGCUUUCUUGAUGGUGUUCUAACGGCCAAUUCUGGAAUAUCUAUAUAUGUUCAUGUAUACAAUAUGGAGCGCCAUGCGGCUCAACUGGUUAUCAAGUGGUUGGAAUUCUCCAUACCGAAUUUAUCUGAGUACCCACCGGAAUACCAAGUGUUAAUCAAUAACAUCAGCAAACUGCUUGCCGUUGAAAUUGUCGCAAUCUCCCUAAAAGAUCCUCUGGACAGCCCCGUCACGCCGGUAUCUCCACUUUCACCAGCCAACCUGUGGAAACCUCUCAUAAACUCCCACAUUUCUGCUGUAAAACGUGAAAAUGAGCAGCAUAAAAAACUGAAUAAAAUUCUGAAUUUGCUCUACUUAGGGUCAGAUAUAGAACAGACCACGCCAUUUCCGGGCAUUGGAAGGUUUAUCGUGGUAGCCGAUGAUCAGCGAAGAUCUAUACAGUAUGCUUGUCUGACAAAAGCGCUGACACCAGAGCACGUUCGAAAUUUCUUCACGGAGGGGAUUAUUAAAAGGCACUGUGAUUCUGGGAUAUUAUUAAGCUCAAACGGUGUUAGCGAUGCAAAACGUUUUGAUAUUUUCGGCAUCACGGAUACCAAUGACAAUCAGAUACCGGUUGUAUUCUUAUCUAAUUUUCCCAAAGACGCGAAACGGAUGGAAAACCUAAUGGAACUUGCUGAAGAAAUACUGGCAUUCUUAUCCAAACCUGAGAUCAGUGAUUCCAAGAAGUUCACAUUAAUGCCAAAAUUAUUACACUCCUUAUCGGAUCUUAUCGGUUUUAUGGAAUUCAAAAAAGGCAUUUUGCAGGACAUAAGCAAAGAGUCAGUAAAACUUCCUGAAUACCUAUCGUACAUUUCUGGAAUGCACAGUUCAGUAUCGUCUAGGUCGACGCAUUCAUCUGUGCGCUCCAUUGGAUCGGGAUCGGUUUCAGCCAGCAGCAAGCCAACGACACAGCGCUCGACAACAACCACUACGACGUCAGCCCGCCCUGCCUUUGUUCGGGCAACAGGGACCACAACGUCAACAGCCCGCGCAUCCGUACGACCGACCAGCCGCACCGUGGAGACGGUUCCGUUGUCGAGAGGGCGGAGUGCUGAGCGCAUUUUAAUCAAGCAGGUCAGCGCAGGACCGGUGGUAGCAACAAAAACCACAACAACUACGGCCACUAUCAAAACCACGGGGCGAGAUCCAAAAACUACGGCAGCGACAUUGACGUCGAAAUCGACCGUGUCUGAUCCCAAAAAAUUUCGGUCGCUGGCGGCACGCGGACCGGCAAGCAGCAAGCAGAUCCAAAGAGAAAUAGAAAAUUACUGUGCAAUACAUGGGUAUGACGCAGUUUAGCCAUCAUAAAACAUUUUAUUAAUUAAAACUGAAUUUGAAAACAAUAAAAAAAUUUAUGAAAACUCCGUCAAUAUUUCUAUAUCACAUCCGUCUCAAUCUAGCAAUAAA